AUGUUUUUAAAUCAUGUAAAUAGGAAUAAUACGAUAUUUAUAUUUAUUUGCAUAUUUUUUUAUUAUACAAUUUUUUAUCAUAUAUUACAAAAUGUGGUAUGUAAAAGAGUGAGCAAGCCAAAUAAUUUUUUUCCUAUUGCUAAUAUAGAACAUGGGGGGGAUAGUAAAUUAUUAAAGACAUGGAGUAAUAGAAAAAAAUGGAAAAAUGAAAACAAAAAAGGUGAAAGUGUAUUAUAUAAUGUAAGCAAAAUAUCAAUGAACAAGUUGGGAAACACUUUCUUCCUAUUUAACAACCCGAUUAAUAUUACUACAUGUACAAACAGGAGAAAAAAAAAUAGCUUUUUAAUUUUUAAAAAAAAAAAAGAUAAAGGAGAUUCAGGAGCAAAUGUGAAAAAAAAACCAAAGAAAGUAUUUACAGAAGAAGAAAUAGAAGAAUUAAGAAGGAAAGCCAAAGAAAAGUUGCAACCAAAAAAGGAAGACACUACAACAAGUAAAGGAGGGAAAAGAGGUAAAAAAAAAAAAAGUGAUGAUACCUCAAAAGAUAAAAGUAAAGAAACAGAUGAAAAUGAAGAACUUGAAAAGAGUGAUAAAUUAAAAGAAGAUGAAAUAAAAACAGAAACAAUUGAACAUAUAAAAAGUAGAGAUGAUUUUGAAAAAAUUGUUGGGUCAACAAGUGAUAUUAUAAGUGAAAAGGAAAUAGAAUAUUUACAUAAAAUAAGUAAUAAAGAUGAUGAAUUAUUAAAUUAUGAUAAGAGAGAAAAACAUAUUGAAUUAAAUUAUGAAGAUACUAUAUUUGAUGAAGGGAAUUAUAUGCAAAAUUAUGUAAACAAUAUAAGUAAAUUUCGUUUUGAUAUAUUUAAUAUAAAUAAUAAAAAUGAAUUUGAUAGAAUAACAAAAUAUUUAAAUUAUGAAUAUAUAGAACAUAUACCUAUAGAUAUACCAACAGAUAAAAAUUAUAACAUUGAAUUAAAAACAUAUUUUUAUGAAAUAGUAUGUGAUUUGAUUAGACAAAAUAAAGACAGAUUUUGUCAUGAAGAUAUGGAAAUAGAUAAUAUUGAGAAUGACGAAAAAGAAGAGGAUGAAAAUGUUUAUAAAAUUGAAGCAAAAAAAGGUAAAAUAAAUAAUAUCGAUGAAGAAAGUGAUAAUAAUAAAACAUUAAAUAAUUUUUUAAAAGAAAAUAAAAAAGAAAACAGAUCGGAUGAAAAUAAAAAUUAUGAAAUAAGUAGUCAAAAUGAUAAUAUAAUGAAAAUAAUAAAACCAACAGAUCAAGAUAUAAUGAAUAAAUAUAUGUCUAUAGAUUUAUAUAAUAUAUUAUGUGAUAUUAAAGAAGAAUAUGAUUAUAUGUUUAAUAAUGGUGGACUAGCCAAAUUCUCAUUUGAUGAAAAUAGAAAAGUUAAUAAAGAAAAAUUAAUUUUUUCAGGAAAAAAAAAAAGAGCUAUAGCUACUGUUUUUUUACAAAAAGGAAAUAAUCAUUUAAUAAUAAAUAAUAGAGAUGGGUAUCAAUAUUUACAAUAUCAAAUUUUUAAUAUAAAUAAAAUAUUUAGUCCAUUAUUACAUUUAUGUAUGAAUAGAAAUUUUAAUGUUGUAGCACAUGUUGAAGGGGGUGGUUUAACUGGACAAAGUGUUGCAAUUUUUCAUGCCUUAGUUAAAUAUAUUGUUUAUAAUUUUUCCUUAAAAAUUAAACCUUUUUUCCGAUCCUUUAAAUUUAUGACCGUUGAUAGUAGAAAAGUUGAGAGGAAGAAAUAUGGUUUGAAGAAAGCCCGAAAGAAAAAGCAAUAUAGUAAAAGAUAA